GCCACCCCAGACUGUUAUUCAGAGCGAGGAACUUCAUAUCGAGGCUCUAGCAAUGUCACCAUCUCUGGUGCCCGCUGUUUGCGGUGGGACUCAGCACUGGUGAAGAACAAAGUCUAUAAUGCUUGGAGUGGCAAAUCCCGCAGGCAGGGUUUGGGAAGCCACAACUACUGCAGGAAUCCGGAUAACGAUGUGCGUCCUUGGUGUCAUGUGAUGAAUGGAACUCAGACUAGCUGGGAAUUCUGUGAUGUCCCUAAAUGCUCCACCUGUGGAAUUCGAAAGCCCCCACCACAGCUACAGCCCCGAUUUCGUAUUGCUGGAGGCCAAAGUGCACAGAUUACAUCUCAUCCAUGGAUGGCUGCUCUCUUCUAUAUUUAUAGGGGAUCAGAGUUCUUCUUCUGUGGGGGGACCCUGAUAGACCGCUGCUGGGUGCUGACAGCUGCUCAUUGCCUUUUAAGUGACAAACUGACUGCCAAAACGAUUCGUGUCAAGCUGGGCCGAACAAUGCGUGCUGUGCCUGGAGAUCAGGAACAAAGUUUCACAGUGGAAAAAAUGUAUAAACAUCCACACUUUGAUGAAGAUACCUUAGAUAAUGAUAUUGCUCUUCUGAAGCUGCGGUCUGCAUCUGGAUCAUGUGCCAUGGAGACAGACAGCGUCAGGCUGGCCUGCAUGCCUGAGAGAGGACAGAAGCUGCCAGACUGGACAGAGUGUGAGAUCUCUGGAUAUGGGAGACAAGAAGAGUUUUCUGCAUUCUUCUCUGAUCAGCUGAAAGAAGGACAUGUCCGAUUAUACCCUGAUAGCAUGUGCACCCCCAAGCAACUUGCUGACCGAACAGUGACUUCCAACAUGCUGUGUGCUGGUGACACAAGGAACCAUGAUGAUGCCUGCAAGGGUGAUUCUGGAGGACCCCUGGUAUGUCUCACCAAUGGACGUAUGCAUCUGCUUGGCAUUGUUAGCUGGGGUGUUGGAUGUGGACAAAAGGGAAAGCCUGGCGUUUACACCAAAGUGACGCAAUACCUAGACUGGAUAGAACAACACACGGGCAUUCGAAUGUACUGA